ACGAUGCCAACGUACUAUCCCUCUAUACCGGAAGAGCUUGGAGAAUGGGCAAUGCGACAGCCUCUCUUCUGGGUCGCCUCCGCUCCUCGAGCAGGCCAACACAUCAACCUCUCCCCCAAAGGCUACGCGACAUUCGCAGUCCUCGGGCCUAACCUCGCUGCCUACCUGGACCAUACAGGCUCAGGAGCAGAGACCGCUGCUCAUCUGUACGAGAAUGGUAGGAUCACCCUCGGUUGGUGCUCGUUUGAGAAAGGCCCUAGGAUCAUGAGGAUCUGGUGUAAGGGCAGAGUGGUGGAAGUGCAGACGAAAGAGUUUGACGAUCUGAUGAGGAAGAUCAAAGCCGUACAGAAACGACUGGGUGUUGACCUGGGUUAUGGAGAACAGGCGGACGGCGUGAGAGCUAUCGUGGUGCUCGAAGUUUUCAGAUGCGGGACGUCUUGCGGAUACGGAGUCCCCUUGUUCGAUGGUACCUUCUCCGAGCGUCCUACGAUGGACGACUUCGUCACCAAGCUGGUGGCGAAGAAUGGACUAACCAAGUAUCGCACAGAAUGGAACGUGCGGUCGCACGAUGGGCUCACUGGCCUUCGACAGGCGCGACGGGAAGGGGGGAAGUGGCUCCCUCUGGGAGAGAUGGUCGCUUGGAUGAGGAUGAUGUGGGGGUUGAGGGAUGCCGUACUUUUGGGUAUUGUGCUCGGUGUGUUGGGUAUGGUGCUAUUGGGGAAGGUGCAGGCGAUGGGAGGGUUACGAGCGUUGAUGGUCCUCUGA